AUGCCUUCUUUAACAGCUAAAAAUUUAGCCCUGUAUGGAAAGGCAACCCAGUCAAACCUGAUUGACAACCCCUGGUCAGGGUACAGUGAUGCCCACAAUGCCAUUGAUGGAAAUCGUGACUCGUAUUUCAAUCAUGGAUCCUGCACUGCCACUGAUGAUGAGACCAACCCCUGGUGGAGGGUGGACCUGCUGAAGGAGUACAUCAUCACAUCAGUGGUCAUCACCAACAGAAGAGACUGUUGCUCUGAGAGACUCGAUGGAGCUGAGAUUCACAUUGGCAGCUCCCUGCUGGAAAAUGGCAACCGCAAUCCACGGGCUGGGGUGAUAUCGUCUAUCCCAGCUGGGAGAACUAUGACCCUCAGAUGGGACAAUGGGGUCAAGGGUCGCUACGUUAAUGUUUUGUUGCCAGGAUACAAUAGGCUUUUGACUCUAUGCGAGGUCGAGGUUUAUGGCUAUUUGGCACCAACUGGUGAGAAUGUGGCCUUAAGAGGGAAGUCCACUCAGUCAGACCUUUAUGGACAAGCCUUUGCUUCCAAUGCUAUUGAUGGGAAUCGGGAUGGAAUAUGGGCCCAUGGGUCCUGUAGUUGCACAGAGGCUCACCUCAACCCCUGGUGGAGGGUGGACCUGCUCCAGACACACAAAGUCUUCUCAGUGAUCAUCACCAACACUGUGGAUAGUGUCCCCAGUCGGCUGAAUGGAGCUGAAAUCCGGAUUGGCAAUUCUUUGGACAACAAUGGCAUCAAUAAUCCCAGAUGUGCUGUAAUCUCCUCUAUUCCUGCUGGGUUUUCUAAGACGUUUCAGUGCAAUGGCAUGGAGGGACGCUAUGUGACUGUGGUGAUACCUGGACGUGCAGAGUAUCUCACUCUCUGUGAAGUAGAGGUGUACGGAUCACCACUGGACUGAAGCUCUUCAAAACAACACACAUCAUCCAUCAUGUUUUCCUUUGAAGAAAACACAGCCGAAAUGAAUGUCACAGCAUCA